CGGGUUCUAUGUGUCCUACGUUCAAAACUAACCGACUUUGUAGUUGUCUGCCUCGAGUUAUUAACGUAUACAUUUUACUUUGACAGAAUACUAUUCACAUAAAUGAUUCUUUUGUAUGGGUUAAUGAUCUGAGAAGUACUCCAAUUUUUAUGAGUGACACAAUCAAGGAAUCCUUGACUAAAAUUUUUAAGCUACCGCGCAGUUUCAUUUGUUUGUUUUCAACUGCUCACAAGUAACAGAUAUAACUCACGUACAAGUAUAUGAUAAUAAUUACGAAGAUUUAACUUUUUAAUUGAAAGUUUACAAGAAAAAAAUAUUGGCAUUUCAAUGUGUUCUAAUAUAAUGGAUAAUCAAUUGCUCGAUAAUUCAAAAUGCUGUUCUGAACAAAAUUUGAUGAUGACUUUCAAAAGCCGAGCACCUUUAGAAUUGCAUACAAGACAUAUGGUCAUCGUCUCAGCUAUAGAUGAAGAGACACUUACUUGUUGUGUACAAUUGUUGUCACUACAAACAAAUUUGGAACAAUUAAUGAUUCAGAUUAAUAAUUGUAAAAAAUAUCAUUUUGAUGAAAUUCCAAUAAAUGGAUCGACCUGUAUAGGUCAAUUCAAAAAUGGAUUAUAUUAUCGGGCCACAGUUAUGGGUGUAGGGGAUAUAAAUUCUCUGAAGUUAUAUUCAAUUGAUUAUGGUACAACGGAAAUGGUUUCCUUCGCAAAAGUUUUCCAAAUCGACGCUGAAUUCAUUCUUGAUAAGUUACAAAAAUGUUUUAUGAGUCAGCAUCAAAGUAAAAGAUUUAAGGAUAAUUUACCAUCAGUUAUGCAACAAGUUGCUGUAUCUUGGUUUGUCAAUCCCCACAAUUUUCAUUGCCAAUUGAAAUGUAAUGAUGCAAAAUUGGUGGAUUUGAUGAAGAAUAUUCAAACAAAGUACAGUAAAAUUAAAAGCAAUGCGUUCAAUGCUGAAGUAGAAGAUGCUGUGAUUGUGAAAUAUAAACAAGAUAAUAUUAUGUAUAGAGGAAGGAUAGUGAACAUUAAAGAGCAAAGAUAUCUGAUUCAAUUUGUUGAUUAUGGCUUCAAAGACAUUGUUGGACCUACUGAUAUUUUUCCAAUAGAGGAUGAAUUUUUAUUAGAGCCAACAUUUGCUAUAAAAUGUAAAAUCAAUAGCAUUAUUCCAAUCAGAAUGGAUAAAUCAAAUCUGCCACAGAUAUAUGGCUUCUUCAAGCAAAAUGUUUAUGAUUGUAUGUUUAAUGAGACUGAUGCAAAUGGCUACACUAAUGUGGAAUUAAGUCAUAAUGGUGCUGAUGUUGGAUUACAACUAGUUGAAAAUGGGUUUGCUAUUUUUGCUUCGGAAGAUAUAAGGAAUGAUAUUGAAUUUGACUUGCUUCGUGGACAGUUUAUAAAAGGAAAAAUCUUAGGAGUAAAAAGUUUUCAGAUAUUUUUUGUGAACUUGUUUCAAACAGAUUCGCAAUUUGAAUGUGGAUUGUAUAAAUGGAACUGUGAUGAAAAUGAUCCCGAAUACAACAAGAUGAGAAAAUCUUUUUGUGAAAUGACAGAAAAUAAUACUUUUAUAAUAUAUAUUAAUGAAAUCCAAGGAACCAAAUUAUUUGUGACAUUAUACGACUCUUCUGGGUGUAAAGUUGUUCCUUUUUCAUCAGAUGAGUCAAUAUCUUCUGUAUUUCCUCUAUGCGCAAAGCCAGUAUAUAGGCAAAAUAUGAAUGUGAUCAUUAGUCAUCGAAAUGGAGAUCAAGCAUUUAUUCAGGAAGAUUCAGACAUGACGCUUCUAUCGGAAUUAUUAGAUAACCUCUUUCAGUUCUAUGAAAAUAAUGGUGAUAUGCCCCAGACAGAGUUAACUGAAGGAAAUGUUUGUGCAGCGAAAUCUUUAUUGGACAGUAAUUGGUAUAGGGCUAUAAUCAUUCAAUCGAGGGAGAAUGAUUAUCUUGUCAGAUAUGUUGAUUAUGGUAAUGAAGAACUUUUACCUUUUAAUAACAUUAAAGAACUUUCUACUGCAUACUAUGAAUUAUAUAUGUUAUGUUUGGAAGUAAUUGCUUCCAAUGACUUUUGUCAUGAUGCUAGUGAUGAUUUGAUUAAAGUGAAUCUAAGUCGGAAAGGCAAAAUGUGGUAUCUAACUUCUGGCCACAAAUUAUGUAAUAAUGAACAAAGUCAUCCUGCACCUGAAAUAUCUUCAAAAUCCAACAAUGUUGGCCAUAAGGAUUCCAUUCAAACAGAAUUAACUCAGACAUGUGAUUUAGUUAUUGUUGCUCAUAUUGAUUCACCUAGCCAAUUUUGGGUGCAAGAUGCCAGUAAUAAGGAAGCUUUGUUACAUCUGCAAGAAGUUUUGCAAAAUAUAGCUGAAAAAUUGCCAUCAUUGACAAAUUUGCAAGUCGGUAGAAUAUGUGUUGCAAAAUACUCAAUCGAUGAUCUAUGGUAUAGAGCAGUAAUUCUUGAUGCCGAUAGUGAUAUUACUACUAUAAGAUUUAUUGAUUUUGGAAAUACGGAUGUGAUUGAAAAUUCUGAUAAUUUACUUAAAGAUCUUGAUGGUGAAUUAAAACAAAUUGAACCUCUUGCUACAAAGUGUUCAUUAUUAGCUGCUUCAGUAGAGGGAGAUGAUUGGAGUGAAAAUGCGUGCAAAGAAUUUGAAGAAUUUGUCAACUUUCUGAAACUUUCAAACAAAAUGAAUGGCCAUGGUAUUACGUGUGAUGUGAGUGAUAUACAUGACACUAGUGUUUUAUGCUCAGAUAGUGAUGUAUUGACUCAAAAAAAAACUGGUUACAUUAGCCAUUUUGUAGAUCUCAACGAAUUUUAUGUGCAGCUUGAAUGUGAUAGAGCUGGUUUAGAGUUUUUGGAAGAUGCUCUUUCAAAUGCUGCUUCAUUUCCUGUUUGCAAAAAUCCUGUAAAAGAUGUUGUUUGUGUUGCUCAGUUUGCCGAUGAUAUGCUUUGGUACAGAGCAUCAAUCUUGAAUGUUUUGCCUGAUUGUUAUGAAGUAUUUUUCAUAGAUUUUGGCAACACCGGUACUACUAAAGAAAUUCGUGAUAUGCCUGCAUCUCUGGAUAAUAUUGGUCAACUAGCUAAGCAGUGCUACAUUUUCAUUCCAGAUGAUCUAUCAAGUUUGAGUUUUGAGAUUGGUCAAAAGCUGCAAGAAAUAUCAGGGGACGGUCUAACUAUAUUUGAUAUUGAGUUCAUGAGUUUGUGCAGUCCUUCCUAA